AUGGGCGUCUACCGAGUGGAAGCUUCACCAAACAACCGUGCUGGCUGCAUUAACAAGGAGUGCAAGGAUCAAGCAACAAAGAUCACAAAGGGCGAACUGCGUUAUGCUAUUCAGGUGACUAUCAAGGACCACCAGUCAUGGCAGUAUAAACACUGGGGCUGUGUCACACCCAAGCAGAUCGAGAACCUGAUCGAAUCAUCUGGCGGCGACACAGAAAUGGUCGAUGGGUACGACGAGCUUCCUGAGGAGUACCAAGAGAAGAUUGACUAUGCUCUUGAGAACCAUCAUGUGCACGAUGACGACUGGAACGGCGACGUCGAGGCGAACCGAGAUGGUCGCUCUGGUAUGCGUCUUACUAAGGCUGAACUGAAAAAGAAGGCGAAGGAGGCCGCGAAAGAUUCUGAUGGCGAAGAAAAGCCCAAGAAGAAGCGCGGCAAGAAGGCUCAAGUUGACGACGACGAAGAUGAGGAAGAGAAGCCCGCACCAAAGAAGAAGGGUGCCAAAGCUGCCAAGAAGGAGACGAGCGAGGCUGAAGACAAGCCUGCUCCUAAGAAGCGUGGCCGACCAGUCAAAAAGGAGGCCGAGGACGAAGAUGAGGCUCCUGCGCCGAAAAAGGCACGCGCUACUCGUGGCAAGAAGAUCGAGUACAAAGAGGAAGAGGAUGACGAGGAUGACGCUCCGCCAAAGAAGAAGAGUAAGCCCAAGGCCACGGCCAAGGCUAAAAAGGCUGCGGUCGAGAGUGAAGACGAGGCUGAGCCUGAGCUUGAGACCGAGGAGGACGCUGUGGUCGAAGACGAAGAAGAAGAGGAGGAAGCCCCCAAGCCGAAGCGCGGCAAGAAGGCUGCUGCGAACGGCGCCGCCAAGGCACCGCAGAAGAGGGGCAGGAAGAAGGCUGUUGCCAACGACGAGUAG